AAGCGGUUUGUUUAUUUAUUUAUUUUUUUAUUUUUAAAGCCCCAACGCUCCUUUCCCCGGCCUGGCGGCGUCGACGGUUGAACCCCCGGUGACGCCGGCGUGUGGCGCGUGUCGCCGGCGAUGGCCGAGACCCCGGCGUUUCUCUCCGCUCAGGAAGUAGGGUCAUUUGCUUAUCUUACAAUUAAGGACAGAACACCUCAGAUCUUAACCAAGGCUAUUGAUACAUUGCAUCGACAUAAAAGUGAAUUUUUUGAAAAACAUGGAGAGGAAGGAGUGGAAGCUGAAAAGAAAGCCAUCUCUCUUCUCUCUAAGUUACGGAAUGAAUUACAGACGGAUAAACCGAUUAUCCCCUUGGUUGAUAAAUGCAUCGACACUGACAUAUGGAACCAGUACCUGGAAUAUCAGCGGAGUCUUUUAAAUGAAGGCGAUGGGGAGCCACGCUGGUUCUUCUCGCCCUGGUUGUUCGUAGAGUGCUACAUGUAUCGGAGGAUUCAUGAAGCUGUCAUCCAGAGUCCACCAAUCCAUGACUUCGAUGUAUUUAAAGAAAGCAAAGAUAAGAACUUCUUUGAGUCCCAGGAGUCCAUCAGUGCUCUGUGUACAUACUUGCAGCAGUUGAAACCAGCCAAAGACCUCAGUGAGAGCCAGCUGAAGGAUGAGUUUUUUAAACUUCUGCAGAUCUCUCUCUGGGGGAAUAAGUGUGACUUGUCUCUGUCGGGUGGAGAAAGCAGUUCCCAGAAGACCAGUGUAAUGGACUCUUUGGAAGGCCUAAAACCAUUCAUUCUGAUAAAUGAUACAGAAUCUCUUUGGACAUUGCUCAGUAAAUGCAAGAAAACAGCAAAACCACCUAUAGUUAGAGUAGAUAUUGUUCUGGAUAACUCUGGGUUUGAACUUGUUACAGAUCUAGUCUUCGCUGACUUCUUGUUAUCCUCUGAGUUAGCUACUGAGAUUCAUUUUCAUGGAAAAACUAUUCCGUGGUUUGUGUCUGACGUUACAGUGCGUGACUUUAAUUGGACAGUUGAACAUAUGAAGAGUAAUAAUCAGGAGUCCAUGUCCACCUGUGGUGCUGACUGGGAAAACUAUGUUAAGAUGGGUAGAUGGAUUUACCAUGAUCAUAUAUUUUGGACUCUGCCUCACCCAUAUUGUGCGAUGGCCGAGGUCUCCCCUGACUUGUAUGCUGAACUACAAAAGGCGUGCCUUGUUUUGUUCAAGGGGGAUUUGAAUUAUAGGAAGUUGAUGAGUGACAGAAAGUGGGAGUUUACCGUUCCAUUCCAUCAGGCCCUGAGUGGCUUCCACCCUGCACCUCUGUGUAGCAUAAGGACAUUAAAGGCUGAGCUUCAGGUUGGUCUACAGCCUGGGCAAGCCGAGCAGCUCUCGGCUUCUGAUCCCCACUGGCUGACCACUGGCAAGUAUGGAAUAUUUCAGUUUGAUGGUCCACUUUGACUCUGCUCAGGAGCUCCCGGCUAAUCUCCUUUCAGCUCCAGAAAAACAGUGCAUGGAUCUAGUCCUGCUUCUUAUCAGCCGUGGGAACCCCAUUUCUCAGCUCCUAUUGCUCCCUUACACCGUAGAUGACACUUCCUUGGAACAGUUCCCCAUUGCCAUGUUUGGGAAGAUGGGGUUUUAAGCUAGGUAUACUCUGCUGGAAUUUUCAUCACUAUUUCAAGUUAAAUGUAAACUUUUAAGUGGUUUUAAUGAACUCAUUCUUAAUUGCAAAGAAUGAGAAAUGAAAGCGAAGUCUGCUUUUUAAGUUAGUCAAUCCUGUUUUUUUUUUUUUUUCCUUAAACAGAAUGAUUAUUGAAUAUCCUAAGAAUCCUGCAUAUUAUUUAACUUAGUUUUGGCUCUUGAACUAAUGGCCUACAGAGCACAUGCCUUGUAACAGCUCUGUAGGGAGGCAUGUCCGUGAUGCUUGAACACACAGAGACAGAAUUACCUCAGACCUGAACUACAGCCUGCUCUCUUGCAUGCAUCUUAAGUUUUAAAAGCCUGUUUUCUUGCCUGACUUUGUAUUUGAUUGACCUGUGAUAUGGGUCAAAGCACAAAAUGAACAUUGUGAAACAAGCUAUGUUUGACAGAGUGCAAGUGCAGGAGCUUUUCCAUUCUCCUUCGAUGUCCACAUUGACGUCACCACCACACAGGUGUCCAGAUGAACAGCUUCCGUUUGCAGUACUAGAAGAGUGUCAGAUGGAAAAGCUUGUUUUGCGUUGUGUUCGAUACUGCCAAUCCGAGCUCAUUCUUUACAUUACACAUUGUAUUCCUCACCUCAGAUGUCAAGAGUCUGCAAAUUCAUGCUACUUUGUUUGGUAACAAACCUGGAAAUGUUUUCUUGUACUGGAAUAAUAAACGAAUUUUACUGAGAAA